UUGGGGUGUGUCUGCGAACGGAGAGAGCGUGCGUUUCAGACACCGUGUAGGCUACCCAACAAUACAUAAGUGAGAAUAAAAUGCUGCAAAAUCAGAAAUUGACACGACUCAGAGUCUGACACUUGUUUGUUCGCCAAUUCGGAGAGAGAGCCUGGAACCAUGAAGAAAUCGAGCCCGGCAAAGCAACCACAACCAGCUGAAGUCACCGUGCCAGACAUCGAGGUUACUGUGCAACAACUGAACGAGCUUUUGGCAAACAGCAGCGGAUUUUACAGUUUACCAACACAGCAUUUCAACGAGGUCUUCCCUAGAAUAUACGUUGGUAACGCGUUCGUGGGCCAGAAUCUGAUGCGUCUGCAGAAGCUGGGCGUGACCCACAUCCUGAAUGUGGCGGAGGGCAACUCCUUCAUGCACGUCAACACCAAUGCAGAUUUCUACAAUGGCUCGGGCAUCACCUACCAUGGCAUCCAGGCCAAUGACAAGCCGCAGUUCAACCUCAGUAAUUUUUUUGAGGAGGGGGCGGACUUUAUCGAGGAGGCUCUGGCACACAACAAUGGCAAAGGGAAGGUGUACGUCCACUGCCGAGAGGGCUACAGCCGCUCGCCCACCAUUGUCAUCGCUUACCUCAUGCUGCGCCACAAGCUGGACGCCCGGGUGGCGGUCGCCACGGUGAGGCUCAAGAGAGAGAUCGGCCCCAAUGACGGCUUUCUGCGCCAGCUGUGCCAACUCAACGAGAAGCUGACGAAAGAGGGCAAGUUGAAUGGGGUGAUGCCAGUCGUGGCGGCCAAGUUAAAGACCAAAUAAGACCAAAUAAGGUUGGCUCCCCUAAGAGCCAACCUGACUCAAUCCACCCUGACCAGCACACAUCACUCAGACACACAUGCACAUACAUACAUUCACAACAUGUAACAUACAUA